UGUUGCGCACUCACGCUCGCCAGCCCCAUCCCGAACUCGGCGCGCCGUAAGCCGAGAGACGCAGACGCACGCAGAGACGCACGCACGCACGGGCGGAGACGGGGAGAGGGAGACAGAGGCAGACCUGGAAAGCAAGCGCCGAGCCGCCACGGCAAGGGCAGAGGAGCCGCGGCAAAAGCGAGGAGCCUGACAGCACGCUGGCAAUGGAGGAGAAAGAUGCUGGCUGCUCUGCCACGGGGAGCCGCGCCACUCGGCAAAGUGCCGCGUGGCGAUGAACGCCGUGCGGGUGGCUCCGGAUUGCUGAGCGAGCGAGCGAGAAGACGCAGGGCUCUGCCUUUUGUGUUGAGCUGUGAUUGUGGCUCGCUGGCUGGCUGGUUAGUUGGGUGACUGGCUGGGUAGUUGGCUCAUUGGGUGGGUUAGUGGCUUGAGAGUUGCCUCUGCUGCGCUGGGAGCUAUUGCAGCAGCAGCAGCAUCAUCAUCGCGAUGAAGGUGACCGUGUGUUUUGGACGGACCCGGGUGCUGGUGCCGUGCGGGGAUGGGGACCUCACGGUGCACGCGCUCAUCGGACAGGCCAUCACGCGCUACCGCAGGGCCAUCGGCAAGGAUGCCACUUACUGGGUCCACGUGCGUCACCUGGAGCACGGGGACGGGGGAAUCCUGGACUGGGACGACACCGUGAGCGCCGUGGCGGAUGAUCGCGACAAGCUGCUGGCUGUGUUCGAGGAGCAAGAACCCCCUCGGGGUGGCGAUGGCGCCAGUGGAAGCUCAGCCGGCACCCAGAGCCCUGAAGCCUUCAGCAGUGAGACCCUCCCCAGUGGUGGCGGCGCCGGCAUGGCCUGCAGGGUCUCCGAGCUCGGGGGGUCCUCAUUCCGGGGGUCCGAGCUCGCGGGGGUGUCACGUCGUGACUCAAACAGCUACGGCUCGAGAGCGCCAGAGCCAGGGACGGUGGCCCCCGCCGCUUGCAGGGUGGCUGAGCGGGGCCCCAGCGAUGGGGAGGCGGAGAGGGCUGGCGUGACUGGAUUCUGCCCAUACCAGCUCGGCAAUGAGAUUGAAGUGACGCCCUCAUCUCUCCGCACGAACACACCCCUGCAUGUGCGGCGCAGCAGUGACCCGGCCCAGCUGGGACCAUCCUCAGGGGUCUGCAUGGGGGCCCUCAGCCACCUGCUCCCCCGGCACGGUUCCUCCCGCGAUGGCUGCGGCGGCCCCCCCAGGGGUCGGGGACGCUGGGGAGCCAAGGCCGACACCCUGCCCCGGCCGCACCAUGGCAGCCCACAACAGGGCACCCUGCCCUCGGCCGCUACCAUCCCCCGCGCCAAGGCGGAGGUGUCGAGGAGAAUGGGGGGCGGGGACGGGUGUGGGCCGAUGGCGCGGCACGCCGGGGGAGGAGCGUUCCAACGCGUAGCCGCUCGCUCAUCCCUCAGUGCCGCUCACCCCAUGGUCGACCGCUGGCUGGAGCGGCAGGAUCAGGAUGAUGGAGAAUGCGAGGAGAGGAGCGAUGAUCGCAUGGAUCCAGUGGGGCACGCAGACUACUCGCAAAAACACACGCACAACACCGGCACAUGCAGUGACAUGGUUCAGCUGGUGGAGAUCCCCAACGACGGGGGUCCCCUGGGGAUACACCUGGUGCCCUUCCUGUCAUCCUCCAGCAGGAGCCUGGGGCUGUGCGUGCGUCACUUGGAGGAGGAGAGCCGCGCAUGGCGCGAUAGCCUCCUCUCCACGAACGAUGCCAUCAUCGCUAUUAACUCGCGCCAGCUGCUAGACAUCGGCUUUGAGCUGGCGCAGCAGAUGUUCCGGCAUGCCAUGCAGUGCUCGGUCAUUCGGCUGUGGGUCGUCCCAGCCGCUCAGCGCGAGGCCUACGAGCGUGAUCUCUCCUCGCCGGCCUCCCCGGCCUCCCCUGCCUCUCCAUCGUCCCGUGCCACCUUCCUCCGGCCGCGGCCCUUUCCCUGGGGGGAAGUGUCUCCAUGCGGCGCCGCUGGUGACAUUCGUGUACUCGGCUGGGAGGCGCAUGGCAGCUGGGAUGCGCACGGGGCCACGUGGGAGUCGCACGGCGAGUGGGACGCUCACGCUGACUGGGGGCCACCACCGCCACCCCCCAUCUCGGCGGCCACGGCAGUGGCAUGCACGGGGCUCAAUGGUGGUGGUGGCGGCGCUGUUUGCGGCUCUUGGCGUCGCCCGGACGAUGGGGCCACCACCAGCGCCGUGGGGGCUUGCGCUCAGUGCGUCGUGUCCACGGCGCUCGGUCCCAAUGGGCUCCUCCAGGACUGCCUCCUCUACCGGCCGCAUGUACCUGCAGUGGCGGCAGCGGCGGCGGCGGCAUUGACAGAUGCCGCGCAGGACGCUCGCUGGGCGUGGUGCGGCGGCGGUGGCGGCGGUAGUGGCCCUGGCCCGCAGCCGGGCCCGCCGGCCCACACGCUGCCUCUCUGCCAGCAAGUGCACCGAGCGCCCUGCUCUCAGAGUCUUCCCACGUUUCCGUGCACGGUGGCGGCCAUUGCCGCCCCCUUGGGCAACGUGCAGGCGGAGCGGACAUCCUCACCGGUCGUGCCGCGCAGGCACUCAGGCCGGCGGUUCAGAGUGCAGCUCCAGAAAGGGCCGGAGGGACUGGGCUUCAGCCUAACGUCGCGCGACACGCCAGUCAGCGGGCCCGGCCACGUUUACAUAAAGCACAUCCUGCCACGGGGGGCGGCCAUCGCCGACGGUCGCCUCCACGCGGGAGAUCGCCUCAUCAUGGUGAACGGCGUGGACGUGAGCAGCAUGUCCCAAGAUCAGGUGGUGAGCGUCUUGCGUGGCGUUCACCCGGGCUCCUCCGUCGACCUGCUCGUGUCCCGCCACGACGCCCUGCUGCCCCCGCCACUGCAGCAGCAGGCGGAGCGCUCGGGUGGGAUGAUCGUGACGGCGUCGGGUCCCUGCGAGUGCCUCAACCUGGAGAUCGCGCUGAGCGAGUGUGGCCCCGCGGGCCUUGGGGUCAGCGUCAAGGGCAACCGCAGCCGCGACGGCGCCCACGACCUUGGCAUCUACGUCAAGUCCAUCAUUGCCGGCGGGGCCGCCGCCAAGGACGGGCGUCUGCGAAUUGGCGAUCAGCUGGUCGCCGUCAACAGGGAGCCGCUGCUCGGCCGUAGCAAUGCCGCCGCCAUGGAGACGCUGCGGCGGUGCAUGGCCACGGAUGGGAGCGAGCGCGGCCGCAUCCACCUUGCGGUGGCACGGAGGGCGAGCGACGGGGACGAACAGCCUGUGCUGUGCGUGAGCCCCGUGGAGCCCGAGAGGGCGGUGGAUGCUGGAGUGGAUUCCGGGGUGGAGGCAGCAGCGGUUGAAGUCGGCGGUAGCAGCUGCGGUAACGGCGGAGUUGUAGGCGGCGGUGUCGACGCAUGCAGCGUCGCAUCCAGCCCUCCCCCUCGCGCAUCCCUGCUGGAGCAGCUCAUCGCUUCCAACCUGCGCAAUCAGUCGUACACCAUGGCCACACGCCUGCAUCCCUUUCCCUCCCCGGCUCUCUCAGGGGUCAUCGCCACGACAACCACAGCACCGAGCGCCGCCUGCACGCCGGCAGAACCGGGCGCUGCAGCCGGUACCAACUGUGCUACCGUGCGCUCCGUGCUGGACGGCCCGUCUUGGCCGCGUCCCAGUGUGGGGAGGGAGGCGUCCGUGCUGUUGCCACCGCUGCUGGCAUCCAUGCCAGAGCCCUCGGCCCAAGUGACCUCAAGGGACGAGCUGCUGUGCGGGGACUUUUCGCGAGCGGAACGGGCGGCUGGGUGGAGGCGAGCGGAGCUGAAAGAUGACGAGGAGGACCCCUCAGAGGAGAGCAGCCCCCAGAGUGUGGCGUUUGAACGCGAAGGCUUCGGGCGGCAGAGCAUGUCCGAGCGUCGGAGCAAGCGCUUCACGGAUGCCUCGCGCCUGCAGGCUCUCAAGUCUCGCAAGUCCAAGAGCAUGGACCUUGCGCUACCGCUGAUGGGCGGUCCCUCGGAGGAGGCGCCGUUGCACACAGCAGGGCGAGACGUGGGCCCCACGCUGGGCCUCAAGAAGUCCACGUCGCUGGAGAGCCUGCAAACGGCAGUUGCCACGGCGACGCUCAUCGGUGACGGCGACGCGACCGGUGGCCGGGCUGAGGCGGGGGAGGACCAGCAGUCGGCCCAUCGCCCCCGGCAACGGCUGAUCCGUGGACGUGCCUGCAACGAGAGUUUCCGUGUGGCCAUCGACAAGUCGUACGGCGACGGAGCUGAGGAGGAGCAGGGCAGCCCAGAGCAGGGAACUGAUAUCGACGAGGAGGCAGAGGCGAGCGGCCGAGACUCAACGUCGGGCGGCAGCGACAAUCCACAGGGCACCGCGCCGGAGCUGGACGUCCCCGUCGCCGGGGCCGCUGCGGCCACCGUCAGGGCCCCCGCUGCCAGGGCCCCCGCUGCCAGGUCCCCGAGCCCGCAGGACGCCGGCGCCAGCCCUGCUGCGAGAUGCCCUCCCCCAGGCCCCGCGGCCGGCUCGACGGCACGGGACAAGAAGAAGAAUAAGGAGGGUGACAAGGGUGACAAGAGUGGGAAGAAGGGAGACAAGAAGGGGGGCGGCGGUGACAGAAGGGAUGGAGACGAGAGUGGAAAGGGGCGGCACAAAAAGUCCGGAGUGCUCAAGGGACUCGGCGUCAUGUUCCGGUUUGGCCGACCCAAGAAGGAAGACAAAUCUACAAAGACAGAUGGGAAGAACACAGCAAGAAGACCAGAGGAGAGUGGGCAAGACCGGGUCAUGAGCCCAGCCGAAACAUUAGAUGGUGGAGCUCGCCUUGAGCCGGACAGGGCAUUGAAGGCUGAUGGGGGGAGCAACACGCCCGAGUGGGAGCAGGAGGCGAGGGGGAUGCCCUACCCGACGGCGCGCUGGGAACCGGCCCCGGGCUCGGCGGGAUCGGGGGUGCCACGGGCCGUCCGACCCGAGGAUGGCAGCUCGACGCUCAGGACCACCGCGGCCACCUCGUUGUCCUCCACCUUGCCGUCGCAGACCGCGGCCGUCCGGCUCCGGGAGCCCAAGCCCAACGGGGAGCGAACGUUCCACCAGGACCGAAUAAGUCAGCUGUUCCAAGAGUUCCAGUUGCGGCGCAGGGAGGCGAGGGCAGGCGGAGGUGGAGGAGUCGGGGCAUCAUCCCGGGACGGGAUCGAGGAGAGGCGUAAAACGUACAACUUCGAGCAGCCCUGGGAGUUUCCAACGUCUGACCAACAGAACGGGCACGCUCUCCCAUCGGGCGAACCUCAGCCCCCACCGCCAAUCCAACCAAAGGUGCAGAGGCCCUACAACUCCCUACCCAGGCAUCCCAAGAAGACGUCGCAGCCCGCGAGUUGGCUUGUGCAAGCGCCAAGUGGGAACCUCGCAGCCGCGGGUGCCAGCUCGGGUGGCAGCAGCAGCGGCGGUAGUGGCAGUAGCGGUUGCAGCGCGACGGGCCCGCGUGCCCCGAGUGUCACGCAGCACAACCGCAGCUCCUCCGGUAGGCCCCGACCCGCCAGCACGCAGCCGCGGACGCUGCCCUACGGGUACAAUGCACGCGUGCUGCAGGAAGCGCAGGAGCUUCUGCGACAGGAAGAGCAGCGGAGGCUCAGCGGUCAAAAGCAGCAGCAGCUGCAAGGAAAUGGGGCAUGCGAGGUGCAUAGCAACGACAACCUGGCCACCACGACCGCUGCACCGGCAUCGCAGAGCGAAGACCCGGACCAACGAGGCCACAUGGCGGAGGAGCAGCAGCAGCAGCGCACGUCGGGAGGGGCCUUGGGGGCAGCCAGGUUGGGCCACAAUGGCUACCGCAGCGCCGUGCGGAAGGAAGGAUCUUCCUCCGCAGCAUCGUCUGCCGCUGCCAAGGACGUCGGUCUUCUGUCGCCACCGGCUGCCAUUUGAGCUGGCCGUACGCCUUUGGCAGAAUGAUGAUGAUAAUGGAUGAAGUCUUCAACACUCUGUUUCAGUCACGGCGGUUGUGUGAUCAUACUUAAUCAUACAAUGUGGGUUGGUGAAGGAGGGAAGCCCAGGACUGCCUCAGACAUCACUUACCAUUGUUGUUAACCAUUGUUUCAAACUCAGGUGGCUGGGUUCAUAGCACAGUGCGCUAAACACCGCACCAACGCUCCACCCCUUCGCAUAUCCUGAGUUAAUAGCGUGAAUGGUGUGGGCCAUAUUAAAUUAACUUUCUCUCAUAGGCUGAUGUGCGACUGUAUGGAUGGAGGUAUCGGUUGUCAGAAGGUGCUGCCCAGCAUUGGAAUGAGCAGUUUAAAGUUGGAUCUGUGAAGCCAUUCCCUUGACCACAAUUGGAAGCUGAUGCAUCUAGGCUAGACUGCGCUGAUGGGAUGAUGACUUAAGCAAGCUACUGGGCAAAGUGAAAUGCUGUCGGCUUAAGCCUCUGAAAAUUUCCAAAGAUAGACACACUCCUGGAUGAAAGACUUGUUAUUUAACAUGCUGUUGACUUUAAGUGGUCAUUACAGCAGCUGUAAAGAAAGAGGCUUUGUGUUGGUAUAAAAUAAACUACUUAAAAAAGACAAUGAAAAUGUACCAUUAUUUUAAAUACUGGAAGAGCUGGAGCUGAGCCUUGGCCACACACACCAUGACUUUAUCCCAAGUGUCAGAUGUCGGAGAACGCACACUGAGAUGUGUGCUCCCUUACGUGCCUUGCCGACUGGCAAUUUAGUUAUAUAUAUUUUUUAACAAACUCGCAUUGUAUACGUACGUGUGGCGUUUAUAUGUACGCAUACACUUAUCUACUUUACAUAUACCUGUAUUCUUUUAAUUACGCGCAUUCACAUGAACGCACGUGGUUUAUGUUUGCCACAAAUUCGGUGAAAGCCGCAGGGCCGAGCGACCAGCAGCUGCGGGAAGGCUUCAGUUAAUGAGAGAACGUGACGAUGGAUUUGUUCAUAGCACAUUUCAUUUGCCUCGGUGCUUGGCAUGGCUGCUUCAGGCGUGUCACUUGCUGCUGCCGCCACAUACUGCAGCACCCAGUGUAGUGGUUGACCCACACAUUUUCUCGCACGCCUCGAUUAUCGCGGUUGCUUUCGCCCAAAGCAUGCCAGUGCGUUUGUGAUAACGUCAUACGCUGGCAUAAUUUACACUGUGCAAUUUUCAUCUUUUAUUUUCUCAUGGGCGUGUUUUACAGUUUUUUCAACAAUCAUGUGGUUUGCCUUAUUAAAGACAUUUUUUUCGUACUAUUCUUUGAAUCACAUCAUCCGCGUGCACCGUGUUUUGUAUUCUUCACGUUCGUAGCUACGUCGCUUUUCGUAUUUUUUUUACAGCUCCGUACCCUCCAGCUAUGGACACGACAUCAUCCAAAGCUGAAAGUGGCGACGUGACUGUCAGAAGAACAAUACGUUUAAUUCUCCAGUAGGAGUCAACAUUCACACCACACACCCCACCACCGUCCCCUCCUCCUCCGCUCUCCUCAUCUCUCUCUCUCUGGCCCCAACUGCAUUCCCUUUAGCUCACCUAUUAUCUGGAAACAUCAGCUUAAAACGGCGAUUUUUUUUUUACUUCAGCCUUCGUGAUCCGUCCGCGGGCUGGCUGUCCGUCGUUUCGGCGAUUCUCCAUUCACACCAAUGCCGGAUUUUGCAUGAUUCGCAAAGCGGCGUAACACGGCUCGUGUGGCGCACGUGUCUGCACAUCCCCAUGCACAGUGAGCCGACACGUGGGCAGAUUAUACGGACUGCAAUUUAACACCACCGGAUAAUUAUAAUCGGAAUCUUCACCUAUUACGCCGAGAAUUCUUAGAAAGAUCUUUGCGAGGCACACAGGCACCGUAACGGGACAUCGUCAGGUACUGUAAUGAUGGAUAUUCUCGUUGCACAUGCUCGUUCUCAAGUUUCAAAAAAAGAGAGAAAUCAGUGAUUUUUUCUUGAGAGUGGCGAAUCGCCUAUGUUGAAACAUAAGUGAUUAAGUAAAGUCCUGAUUGGCCACAUUAUUUCGAGCAGGUAGCUCAUGGGUAGAUCGGUACGAGGCCUGUUAAUAUUCACCUUCCCCCACCCUCCGAUUGAUUUGACCAAUUGCCACGAUUCAUGGAGUAAUUCAAGAAUGUAUUAUUUUCAUCUCAUUUUAAAUUGAGCAAUCAUUGGAAGGAUGUUAUUAACCAGGUAAAAAAAACCCUAGCUACUUUGUAACGGUUGUCUUCUUUCACACGUGCCGGGUACUGGUCUAUUAUUCCAAGUUAACUACCCCCCCCCCGCAUCCCCAGCUCUCUCGGCCACCCACUUCCAGCCCCGCGCACUCCCCCCCCCAGCCUCACUCCCCCAGCCUCACUCCCCUCUCCUAGCGUCCACGCAGCGCUGGCCCUACCCAACACCCCCCUCCUCCUCCCCCCUUUCUUACUUAUAUAACCUCUUACCACGGCAUCUCUCUCCCACUUCAGCAAAAAAAAACGUUUUCUUGCUGUGGUUUACCCACAGCAAGACUUUACCGAAAGAACCAAAGAGUAUGGAUUCCUGCAGUCACGAAAGCUUCAAAUCUAGAUUGAAAGUGUGAAGGUCAGGGAUUUUACAUUGGGGGAGACGUGGCCUUCACAACAAACCCCAAAAAACACAUGAUUGAGUUACUUGUAUUAACAAUUCUUCCAUCGGUGCAGUCCGUGAUACUGCAAUUGUAAAAAUUCCGGACGAUUAAACCCAAGACCUCGUGGUGCCGAGUGGAUGCAAGCACAAGGAACAUAUAUGAAAGCUUUUAUUCGCGAUAAAAGCAACAAAAAACAAAAAGUGAUGGCAAUGUUCUGUGUUUCAGACACGUCUUGAAAAAUGUCAGUCAGCUGUAAUGCGUUGCGACUAAUGUGAUCGUGGGGGGACAUCGCGUCCGUGGUAUUAUUAGUUUGCGUUUAAGAUGCUUAUUGCUUUGUCAACAUGAAUUACCUGUAAAAAUCGUGUUAUCAGCAACAUCACGGUGCAAAACGUGCCGAAUAACUAAUCUGCUAUUUAAUUGAAUUCCUCCCUAUUUUUGUUCAGCUUUGUAUUUUUUACAAUAAGAAAAAAAAUGUGAACAUGUUCUUCGUGUGAAAAAGUCUAAAAUGUUGCCAUCCAUCAUGUCCGUAAUGCCUACUCGACACAACGAUUCAUUCCGAUUGUUAUUCUCAUUUGCUGUCGGAAUCACUAACUGCACCGCAUAAUGAUCGCGAUCCUCGCUAGUUUAUUAAAAUCGGGGCGUGCCAAUUUUGAUUCCAAAGAACAGGAUGAGAUGUUACUAUCCUUUGUGCAGGGAUAGCCAAUGAACAUAAUACGCGACUGCUAGCCCAUCUGCCACGCAGUGGUGUGGUAAAGGGAGCCUUAAUGGUCGAGUGCUGGAUGACAGGUGAGUGUGACUUUAUCUUAACCCUACGCUAAGACGGCCAUGUGAUCGCUGUACGAGGGAGGAGUGCUCUGCUUCAGGUUUCUAACAUUCCCACAAUGAUUGAGGUCAAAAUGUGCAAUUGUAGACUGCUAAUUUUUAUUUAUUCAACAACUGGAAUAGCUCUGUGAUGUGUUUUCAGGUUACACCUCGUGGUGUUCGGCACCGUGUCAGUUGGAGAGUACAACCGUGAAAACCCAUGCAACACUGAAAUAUAGCUAACGGUUUAGAUGCCUAUAUUACAGACAAUAGAUAUGACCACAAUACGGACACCAGCUAUUGUGGAUAACUUACAAACCUGGGAAAGACAGCUUCUACGCUUCCCUCAUGCUUGCAUAACACAACAUAUGGCGGUGGACAUACCACUGUAUUGGGUAGGAUGUAUUUUCAAGAAUAAAAAACAUUUAAUUCAUGGCAGGGGUAUUGCCGGGAUUUGAGUAUGGUUGUGGUCCUGAAUCAAUUUGUGAAAUGUCAAUUUUAGCAAAACUGGAUUGUUUUAUUUAAAGUGAAGCAGUGACUGGUGGGUCGACUGCCAGGCUGGAAGACAAAAUUGUUCUGUCGGGAGCCAGGAAAACAACAAUGUUUGGGUUGUACGUUGUGCGAACUUGUUUAGCUGGGGCCCCAGUUGCAGCGAGCUCCAGUAUUUCCCUGGGUCUGCGGAUCUGGGUGGGCGCACACCAACAACAGUCAUGGAGGAGGAACCUGUGCCUAGUAGCGUCCUGAUAAUUUGUUUUAGUAUUAUCUCCUCCCCUGGUGCGCCGAGAGCCUCUUUUUUAUUUAUUCGCUUUGUGGGAUAUGGAUUUAAUGAAGACUGAAAAGGCUAGCAUAUAAAAAGUAAAGUACGGAAGGUGUCAUGAAUGUGUGUGUGUGGGUUUUUAUGUUCUGGUCAUACGUUCUGCUCAAUGUUGGGCUCCUAUUCAAGCUGCUGUUUAUACGUGAUCAUAAUAGUAGAUUAAAUGCAUUGAAGGUUACAGUAUUACGUUCGGAAAUAACUGUGAGUGUCCACGCUUUUAAUAUCCUGUUUUCAGAGCUCUUUAGCCAAACCUAUGUUGUCCUAAGACUUAAUCUGGAACGUGUAAGGUCCACGGAGCCCACCGUUGAGCUUGUAGUUUGCGGUCUCAAACAACAGUAGUCAUCCUAUGGCAAACUGUCUCCCCCACGAUAGGAAUGUGGAAUUUCGAGCAGUGACUCCCUCUGAUAUCAGUGCCCUCUUACUUUGACUUUUGUGAGUGAGGUCGUGUCAUUUCCAAGGUACGUUAGUUUACAUCGGCAAGCUCGAACUGUGAUCUGAACUGAUGAGCAGCACGUGCUGUUGGCUGACAUUAAGACUCAGCCCUGUAGAACAUCGCAAGCCACUCAACGUUUAACAAGGACUUGGUCCAGUAAUUGCUGCUCCGUUGCCAUACCUUCGCCAUGCAGAGUUUCAUUCAUAGAAAUGUUGUUAGUGUUUAAAUCCCAAUCGCGGGUCAAUUCAACAUGUCAGCCCUCCAAAGCUGAACAAACUUAGUGGCACCAUGCGCGAAGGUCAACAUAAGCCAUCUUGCAGAUAUUCUCCACCAUGGAAAUGUGGAAUUUCCUAGAUCAAGGCCAAUCACGGCCGGUUGACCUCUGCUUCAAAUGUGAAUUACCAUCCCAUUGCCGUAGGAGCGUGGAGAUACUUCUACUUUAAACACGACAUAAAAAGCAGGAGCGUGGAGUGCAGUCGCAAUGUGUUGUUUUUUAAACGGUACAGCAACCUCUUCAGUGUCUUGGUAAAGCUCACCAUUUAACACGUAGGCUUUCGCGACCAAUAUCAUCUAUAAUACAGUUUUUUUUUUGUAUUAUGUAAGCUGAUCAUGUUGCCAGCCUUCAUAGUGCAAUUGUGUGUGAUCCAUUAUAGAGGUAUCUUGCAGCGCAUGUCCCAUUCACGCUUGAUGAGACGCCAUCAACUCCCAUUGUCUCGCUCACAUUUCACAGAAACUUCAGUUCUUGCUCGUGGGCUGAACACACGUGGGUCGGCUUUCUGUGCCCGAUCAUCUUCACCGUCGUAUUUAUAGGCACGCUGCGCUCUUUUUUUUGUUGCUUUGAUUUGUCUCGGAAGUUUGCAAAGACAUGAUUAUGUUUUGAGUGGUAGAUGCAUCUGUGAAGCCUCGAAGUUGCCUGCACAGACUUCGUCUGAACAUUUUGAACAAAAUGGAUGUUUAGGUGUGUAUAUAUAUAUUUUUUUCUCCUGGAAUAAAGUUCUCGGACAGAUAUUAUCACGCAUGCAUUAAAACAGGUGCCAGUCUUUAAUUACAACGUGUCAAUGUAAAUUGUAGGUUCUUUGUUGGAUUGUUUUUCAAAUCAGUGUGUGGCUUAACUAAGCAACGCUAUCGAAGUGAAAAUGCUCCGCUCGUUGUGCGUUGCUCGUCGUGUCAGGCGUCCGGAGCUAUGUGCAAUCGUCUUGGCGAAUAACAAACGUGUCCAUGGUUUAAUAGGCACAUUGCCUUGAGCAGCAUGUGGUUAAAUGCAUUAAGAGCCUGUAGUGAGGAUGAGGUAAGGGCCACCCCUUAGGUCUUGCGUGCAACAUGAAGCUCCACUCACCGCAUCUCACCACGACCAACCUACCCACAAUCAUCAACUUUCUCCAUUGAAAUGUAAACCAGGCAAUGAUGGACUGAAUCUGUCCAUUAAUUGGUAGACAUGGGGGAAGGCGGGGGCUGUGUUUGGGGGGUGAUGAGCAAUGUUUGAGAACGUCCGAUUUAGAAUUUACUCUCUCAACACGUUUCAUCCCUUAAUUAUAUCCACCGUAGGACGUUACGCGGUCGUUAACAUUUGGUAUAUUUGCGUCCGUGACUGUACCUUUAGAAUCUGGAUGCGCAUCUUACCUGCACAUUAUGGACUUGAUCUCAAGUCAGACUCGCAGAGACUUCCAAACUGAAGUGGUUCAUACUGUGGAGUUUAAAGUGAUGUAUAUGCUUAUUUACAUUAUGAAAAAAAUAACAAUACCAGUCAUUGCUGUGAUUUCUAUUCAAUAUACUGUCACUUUUAAUAAUGCAGUUUAAGCUGGGUGCAGGUGUCGGUCAAUCAUUCCUUCAUCAAUUUCAAUUGGGAUGGAAGCAUCAUGUCAGGAAACAAAGACUCAUUGAGGAAAUCUCCCGUAUGGCAGAGCAAUGUUGCAGAAAGGAGUUUUCUCCGAAGCUCUCCCAAAUAAUCAUUUGAGCGGCCUUUUUGUCCUUUACAAGUGGGAUAGCACUUUCCCAUGCACUCUGCUAUGAGAUGGUUGCAUUACAGUGACGCCGAUAUUCGAAUUAUCAUUGCUGGAAGUUAGCCAAAUUAAAUAGCAAAACCAAAUGUUACGUUUUUUUAUUUUGUGUGUGCUCAUAUGUGACCAGACUGAGACCAUCACCUCUGCUGUCCAUGAGAAGCCGGUUUAAUAAUUAGUCGCUCUCUGGGUUCAAAAAUGAGGAUCUUGGCGGUGGCGUCUCCCGGCACCUUCACCUCUACACCACGCACCCCCCUUUAAAACGUUUCACUUGAAAGCAAUCGAAAAGAAGAAUGGAAUGUGUCAAUUUAAUUGUGUUAUGUUCUCGGCUCAGUAUAUCAUUUACGGCUGCAUUAUAAAAGCGUUGCAAGUCCACGCCAUGGAAAUAUAACACUUCAAUGGGGGGCGUUUUUUUUACUAUGGGGAAAGCGUAUUAGAGGUAACCAGGCACACGGUUUCUCAGAUACCAGACGUUAACCACCUCGUGCAACCGACUACUUUGCCCUACAUCAUUUUUGAAUGGAUAGCAAAGUGCUAUUGUACAAGAUAGACGAGAGUUGAAAUCAUAAAAUAGGCAUCUUCAACACAUUUUAUUCAUAAGUGAGCCUGCCACUGCGAAACAACAUUCACCACCUGGAGUCAGACUGGCAAAAACUUGGUAAAAGGUACAGUAAUGGUUGCACAUCUACCUCAUGCAAAGUCUGGCAAUGUUCGCAAAGGCCUUUCUGCGGCCAUAUCCAUAGAUUGGCGAAGGUUGUCCCACUUUAUCCAAAUAUUGGUGAAGAACGGCCCGUGAAAAAUCGCCUAACCGAUGCGUUUUUAGGCUGUUUGGUCAGGAUGUCAAUCUGUGACCAAUUGGAUAAACACCUUCAAUAAAUGUUGUCCUCUGUUGGCGUGCAUCGCUUGACAUGACGAAGCAAAGCACCAUUAUUUUAGGUGUUUUACAAAAAUUUGGCCAGACCCCUGUAGAAACGAGUGGACAAGUGUGCAUGCAGCUGUGUAUCUGUGACAUUGUCUAUACACACUUCAAUAUCAGUGCCACGAUGGUGACAAAUGGAUAUCUUUUCGUGGUACUCAGCUUGUCGUACGCUGACUGGAAUAUAUUACGCACCAUACAUGCACAUCGACGGACGUUUAUUUUAUUUUCUCGGUCCGUGACUGUACACACCUAACGAUACAAUUGUUUUUCUAAGGCGCUACAUCAGUGCGGUACCUUGGCUCGCAUAAUCAUCAAGUCUCUAUAUUUGGCAAAAAUAAAACAAAAUAGCAGAACUUCACAGCCCCGCUGAACUGCAUGGCUUCGCUCAACGAUUUAAAUGUUUACGCGCCGGGGCAUGGAAACUGGGCCCUUUAAAAAAAACAAUUCCGAAAGGGUUCCGACCAAACACUCCAGCGUUCGGGUGCGUGGGACGCGGUGUAUGUCCACAUAAAUUACCACGAAUAUACACUGGUCGUCCCAGUGAGCUCUGUACAGUUAACGCUACUUUGGAGACUUCAGUGUUAAGUUUGUAUCAGCUCUGGGUUGAUUUCCUCGGUUAUCUGCUGUAACUUCUUGUCGUGUUUAAUAAUAUAAUGUCCAUAGUAGCCUGCUUUAAUGAACAGUAUUUGUGCGUUGGGGCUGCACUCGUGUGGUCACUGUGCCGUCAUGCGGUGUACUGAGCCUGACCGGUGCGAGGAAAGGCACCAGCGUCUUCUUGUUGACAUGAUAACAGGUGCCACGGAGUCGGCAGUGGAGAUUCAUGCGCCAUGCUUUGCCUCUCAUUGUUAUUGCUCAGUCAUUUGCAUGCUUUUUUUUAACAUUGACGAAAACUUGUAUUUACAUUUUUACUACAUAAAUAAAGCUGAUA